UGAAAUGACAUAAAAUAGAAAUAAUGUACUAAGUUUUAUGUUUAGCACUAAUUUCGAGGUUAUAUGUGGAGCUAUGUUAUAAAACAUAUAUACCGUGAAUGUUUUUGUUUCCAUAAGUGGGUAUCCAUACAACAAUUAAAAAUUUGUUAAUCAAAAUGUUUUCAAUCAAAGAUGUUCGACUAGCCAAACAAUUAGUAAGACUUAACUCUACCGCACCAACAGAGUUUGUUAAUAGAAAUCCUAGAAAUUUAGAGCGAAUGCGCAUUGGACGAAAGCCCGACGGAUACCACUUAGAUAAACCGGGACGAAAAUUUUGGCAUAAACUUGUCAUUACUCCAAGCACUAGGACAAUUACUGCACAAGUGGUACAUUUCAUGAAUGGACCUGUUGUUGAAGCUAAAACAUCUGAAUGGGCUUUAAAAAAACAACUGUACAGUAUUGUUGAUACUUGCGCUUACAUAAAUUUAGGCAGAGUUCUAGCCCAAAGGUGCCUUGAAUUUGGAAUAACUGAAGUUUAUUGUGAUUUGAAACCCCUUGAAGGGAGUAAAAUCGAGAAAUUUCUCAAGGAGGUAGAAAACGGAGGUAUUAAAUUGCACGAAAUGGAUGUCUAUAAGAAACCAAAUCCGUGGGAUCAGUUUAGACCAGAAAAACCAUGGGAAGUUACUGAAGAGUAACUUUAAUUAUUAUAAGUAGGAAUUAGUGUCUCUUAUUAAGUUUCAAAAAUAACAGUAGAGAAAUGAA